AUGACGACGAAUCUUAGCACCCUUGCCUUCGCCUCUCCCACCAUCUGCCCCCGCAGCACCACCUUCGUCACCACAACACCCUCCAAAUGCCCACCCCAACGUCACAAUCGCGUCGCACGCCGCCUGCGCACCCCGCUGGCCGUCUUCGACUUUGUCCGACGUGCAGGUCAGGAGCAGAAGAAGGCUCUCGAAGCCUUGCGCGAAGGAAAGGGAAUUGAUUAUGUACGCGACAAAGUCAAGCGCGACAUCGACGAAGUCCGCAAAGUCAACGACGGCCUGAAGAAGUCCCGCGAACGGCUCGCACGUGAUUUGGCAAACAUCGUUCAGGGGGGGAGAAUUGAGGAGCUGGAGGAAGUCCUAGAGGAGUUAGAGGAGGUCCUCAUCACCUCAGACUUGGGCGUCGACACGGUCGAUAAGAUUCUUGACGACUUGCGUGCAGAGUCCAGAGCUCAGAGGCUCGAGAAAAGGGAGGAUAUCAAGAAUGGGCUUAAGAAGAGUCUUGUCCGCAUUUUGGAGGCGAAGAGCAAUGUGGGGGUCGCUCUGGCGAAGGCGGAGAGUCCUCCCACCAUUAUCAUGGUCAUCGGCGCUAAUGGCAUGGGGAAGACCACAACCAUUGGCAAACUAGCCGCCCGCCUGCGGCAGGACGGCUCAAGCGUCCUGGUUGCGGCUUGUGAUACUUUUCGAGCUGCCGCAGUAGAUCAACUAGAAGAAUGGGUGCGUCGAGCGGACGUCGAUAUUGUAGUGCCCAAGCCGGAGCAAAAGAGCCCGUCGGGCGUCUUGUUCGGGGCCGUGGAGAAGGCGUUUGAAGGCAAAUAUGACUAUUUAAUUGUUGACACCAGUGGUCGGUUACAUACCAACGCUAACCUCAUGGGAGAGCUUCAGAAAAUGGUCCGCGUCGUGUCCAAGUUUAAAGAGAAUGGGCCAGAUGAGACCCUCUUGGUGGUCGAUGCGUCUAUUGGGCGGAACGCCGUCGCGCAGGCGGAUACAUGGAAAAAGGAGGUGGGGGUCACGGCUCUGGCUGUCACAAAAUUGGACGGGACUGCCCGAGCGGGGUUUGUUGUAUCGUGUGUGGACGAAUUGGACAUUCCCGUCAAACUGAUCGGCGUCGGCGAGAGCAUUGACGAUCUCCGGGACUUUGACGCCGAGCUUUUCGUGGAUGGGCUCGUAGGGUAG